AUGAGAAACAUCAAAGGAAGAAUGCUUAGGAAACUCAAGAAAAUCUCCUCCACUUCUGUCUCACCCGAGAACCUAACCAUGCCGGAAAUCCGAGACAAGGCCAUCGAGCAACCAUCGACGUCGGUGGUGCUCUACACCACCAGCCUCAGGGGCAUCAGGAAGACCUUCGAGGAUUGCAAGACCAUCAAGUUCCUCUUGGGGAGUCUUAGGGUUGUGUAUUCGGAGAGGGAUGUGUCGAUGCACAUGGAAUAUCGGGAUGAGCUUUGGCGGAUCCUAGGCGGCAGGGUCGUCCCCCCCAAGCUCUUCAUUCGAGGCAGCUACGUCGGAGGCGCCGACGAGGUUGUCGGCCUACACGAUAGCGGCAUGCUGCGGGCUAUGCUGCACGGGAUACCUUUGGCCCCUGCGGCUCCCCCGUGCCGGGCCUGCGCCGGGGUGCGCUUCCUCUUGUGCACCACCUGCCACGGGAGCCGCAGGGUCCUAGCUAACGGGGCACGUGCCAGGUGCCCCGAUUGUAACGAGAAUGGCUUGGUUAAGUGCUCGCUUUGUACGUCAACUUAG